UAAAAUAUGGGCCAAGAUUGAGCCGAAGUGUUCCGUGUCCGAAGGUGUGAGACGAGGAAGAAGGGAAAGCACGUGUGUGAAGUAAACAAACCACCAGCUUCCUCCUGCUGCAGGCGGCUACAGGAUGAAGACCCUCAUCCCUAGCAUUGAGGAUGCGCCUGACUCGGAUGACUCUGGGGAUGAGAUUCCUCCUGGGGGAGUGUUUGCCCUGGCGGUGGUGGAGGAGGAAGAUGAAGGGGAUGGGGAAGGUGAGGGUGAUGGGGAGGGGGAUGCAGACAGGGAUGGUGGCAGCGGCAGUGACUUCCCAGACGAGCACAAUGGCAACGAGGCACUGGAUGGAGAUGCAUAUGGUGAAGAUUAUGAGAGUGACAGCAACAGCGACAGUGACAGUAUGUACAGCAGCCUCAGCACUAGCGGCUCAGAAGAGGAGGAGAAUGUGAAGCUGACGGAGCUGUUUGGACUAACUGACAAUCCCGAGGUGAACCGUGAGCGGCCACCGGACCUCAAGAUGGACUCAAUGAUCAUGGACGUGUGCUUCCACCCCGAGGCAGAUCUCUUCUCCCUUGCCUCCAUCGAUGGCGAGGUUGUCAUUUACCGGUAUAACAAGGAGGUGACGGAGGAGAUGACACGCUUCUCCCACCACAAGAUGUCAUGCCGUGCCGUCUGCUACAAUGAGAAUGGCUCUCUCCUGUACACCACCAGCAAGGACAAGUCACUGGCGGUGCUGGACAUGGGCUCCUCGGCAGUCAAGCAGCACAUAUGGGAGGCACAUGAGGCACCCAUAUCCAGCUUCUUCCUGGUGGAUGAGAACAUGUGUGCCACUGGGGAUGAUGAGGGCACAGUGAAGCUCUGGGACAUGAGGAAGAGGAAGGCAGUGUUCAAGUUCAAGUGUGGAGAGGAGGCAGUCAUGUCGCUCAUUGGGGACGAGGCGCAUAAGAUGUUAGUGGCAGCGGUUGGUGAUGGCUCUCUCAACACCUUUGAUAUGAGGAAGAAAGCCCUCGAGGUCCAGUCAGAGAUGUACAAGAGUGAGAUGACCUCCCUGGCACUGGUCCGCAAUGGGAGCCGACUGGUGGUUGGCUCUGGGGAGGGCACCAUGUACAUCUUCAAGUGGGGGGAGUUUGCACACCACAUUGACCAGUUCCCUGGACACAAGGGAAUGAUCAACUGUAUCGUGCCCCUCACUGACAACCUGCUGGUGACAGGCUGUGAGGAUACCAACAUCAGAGCAGUGCAGAUGUAUCCACACCGGUUCGUUGGGGUGGUGGGUGAGCACGAUGACUUUGGUGUGGACAACCUCUCAGUGUCGCAUGACGGCACGCUGCUGGCCAGCUGCGCCUCAGAGGAGGUGGUACACUUCUGGAAUAUUGAGUACCUCUAUGAUAUGGACAAUGAGGAGAGUAAGAAGGGCAGCAAAAAACGCAAGAGGAAUUACAACCUUCCUUCAUCCAAGCGGAGAAACCGUUGCGACUUCUUCAGCGACAUUCCCGAGGUGGCAGAUUCUGAUGACGAAGGGGGUCCCGUAGCUGGCCCAUCCCACACCUCAGACUAAGUGAACCCGACCAGCUGUGACCAGCCAAGGGAACAGUGAUAGGUGGAGUGAUACAGUAUGGGCUGAAGCUAGUGGUGUGUGAAAGCCUUGGCUAGUGCAGUUAAUGGGAUAAUUGGGAAGUGAUGUUAUUGGUUACUUAGCCAGUGGAAUAAUGGGCAAGAAGUGAUUGGCAGAUGCAGAUUUUUAAUGGCUUGGUAAGUGGAAUGAUUGCCCUGCCAGUAGAAUGAAGCCUUUGGUUACUCAGAAUCAUCCAGUGAAGUGAGCCUCUGGACUGAAAGGAAAGUUUUCUACUCCACAUUCUUCAUCAGUUAUAUAAGUGAAUUUUUUGUUCAAGUAACCCAUGAGGAGAUUUUUUUAUUCGUACAUAAAGAAAAUUGUGCACAUGUGAAAGUUGCGUUGUCUGUGACCACAUUAGUAGUAGGCAGAUUCACAGAUAUAUUAUUUAAUGUAAGCUUCAAGACUCCUCUGAUCCUUGAUUAUAUUAUACACAAACUGUUCUCAUCAUUAGACAUUCAAGGGCCUCAUUUGCAGGCCAAGACAAGUAUGCAUACAAGUACAUACUGCGUGUCCUGGCAUAGUGUGUGGUGUGAGCAGUCACUGAGCACCCUUCCCUACCCCUCACCAUGCCCUGUGCCUCUGUGGUGACCUGUGCUGCAAGUCCUGCCUUCUGGUGAGCUUAUGGUGCUACUGACCAAACUCUUACCUGGUAUAAGCCUGAGUCAUGAAGGUGCAAAGCUGUGUGUGUCAGUUUUUUUACCUGAGGAAUAACACUUUUUAAUGCAGUCAGAAUAGUUCACCAGUUUUCAGGUCUUUCCAUGCAUUGCUUGCACCAGGUUAGAGUUUUCCUGUUGGUAUGUUAGUCUGAUGAUGAGCUUGCCUGGUAGAGGUCCUGCUGGUGCUCUACUGGGAAAGGACACUGAAGAUUUGCCUGUUAUGAUACCAAAGAAAUAAGAAAUGUAUUGGAAAAAAAAAUUGGCUGAGAAAAUAACUAUCAAGAAAAUUGAGUAUUGUGAUUAGUUUGCAUUAGAUAAUCAGUGAGUGAGCCAAUUGUAUAAGUACUUAGUAAAUACUGUACCUUUAGUGUUGGAGCAGGGCAUCACUGCUGAGGAAACUUGCUUUGUUAGUGAAGGAGUGACAGUGAAGUAGGAUAGUGCAGGAUUACAUGAGAGGAAGGAGAAGGAAAAGAGUGAAAGUAAUAGAAGGUGAGAGAAAAGAUCAGAAGCAAGAGAGUGAGUAGAAUAAAAGAUGGGAGAAAAAAGAAUAGGAGAGUGAGAGGAAGGGGAAAGAUGAGAGGGAGUGGAAUAGAAGAUGGGAGAAAAGAAUAGAAGAGUAGAAAUAGAUAGUUUAGUUUAGUGGUGGGUGCUCCCAGAGUGGAGGUCUUGGGGAAGGCUUUACGUCUAGGUAGGCUAGUGAGAGAAUGACAUGAAUGGGAUUGCUGCAAUUUUUUUUUUUUUUUUUUUUUCACAGUUAAUUUUCUACUUCAGUUUCCUGAAUUGUAGUUGUUUUCAUUAUUUAUUUAAUUUCCAGUGUUUCGUGGAGAUGUAUACAUAUGUACUGAUUGUUGUUAGUUAUAACUUUGUAUGCAUGGCACCUGUUUUAAGUUUGUGUGCUUUACAUUGCAGUGCACUAUGCCAGUCUGCUCAGAAAAGACUAAUCUCCCUUAUUUGUACAUCAUUCACUAGCUGCCAGAGGAGCUUGUACAUAAAUGCUAUUCAUCAUCACCCAAAAAUCACUCAUUGUAUUGUUUUAUUGUUCUAAAUUCAUGUACUGUAUAUAACUUGUUAGUAAAAGUUGACUUCCAUAAAGAUUCUGUAGCAUUGUCAAAUAAACUGAUGGAAUGAAGA